AGCCUUGGUGUGGUGCUUCACCGAGUGCUAGGAUUCCAGCCGACCUUAGAUAUAUUUCUAUAUCUCUUUCUGUUCUGUAAAGUGGAAGUGCAAUGAACUGACAUGAUUACGGGACCGGAGGCCAGGCAAACGCACAGGUUGUUGGACCUAAAAAAGCAGCAAUGGGCCAAGGAGAGAGAGGAAAUAGCACGCAUGGAUGAGAUGUACCAUCACCAGCACACCUCGCACCACAAGAUCGAGCGCACCUCCAUUCGCACCUACUACUCCAACUUGGAUCUCAGUUCGACCUCCAAUCAGACUUCCAGUCACUCGAGACGGGCGAAUCAGGGUCCCGACAUGCAGUUGAUCCUCCGCCAGCCGGAGUUUCGGCAGGGCAGCCAGGCCUACAUGAACCAGCUGGAGCGGUAUAUCGACGAUCUGGACGUGGAUGCCGAUGCGGAUUUCGAGGACGAGGACGAGUCGAUGUAUCGCCGGACGAGGAGAGGCAGCUAUGCACCCGGAAUGACUUCCCGGCAGCUGCAGAAUCCCGCUCGCUAUGCCGAACUGGUGCCCACAUCCCUGCAAACGGCCAAGGGAAGGAUGCAGAAUUCGCGACAGGAGGCACAGCAGCAGUUAAAGUUGCAACAUCAGCAACUUUUGCUGCAACAGCAGCAGCAGCAGCAACAGCAGCGCCUGCGGAGUCCCAGUUUGCCAGCCAUUCGGCAGAGGGUGAGGCACCAGGAAAAGACGGGGAAACCAACUGACAUUGAUCCCGGCAACGGUGCUCAGGCACAGGCACAUCGAUUAAACAAUGCCCCAGGAGGCGCAGGGGGAGGCGGAGUUGCUCCUGGUUGCCAGGAGGAGGACACUUCCGGCUAUCUGAGCGAUACGCCCAAGAAUCCCCACACCCCGGACAUUUGGUUCAACGACGGUGCGAGCCAAAUCGAGAGCAUUAGUGGAAUGGGCAGUGCCAGUGUCCUGGACGGCGGAAGUGUGGGCGCCGUGGGAGGGGGCGUGGCCGGGUGCCGACGCCUCCGCCGAUCGAUACAGGCGGGCACGACCACGGCUGCACCGAUUCCUGCACCCAUUUCCAUGCCCCUUCCCUCCCCCCACCCACAUCGUCAGCCACCACCCCCGCGGGAAAAUCCGCUGGGCAAGGUGUACACCAUCAAGGGACGACGUGUGCCAGGGCAGGGAUACGAACCCCUCGCCGCCGACGGAUACAUGGCCGAUGGAUACUCUUAUAUGCCAGCACCGCCCAGCUCCUCCAACAUGAGCAUGUGUCGCGACGUCUCCACCUCGAACACCUAUCAGGUGCACAUCGGAAACCCGGAGCAGAGCGACUUCUAUGUCCACGAGCAGCACGAAAGGGAGCGUGCUCGCUGGGCCAACUUCAAUGGGGGAUUGGGUCAUCAGGCCUCCCAGCAGCCGCCAGGAUGGCUCAGUCGCGGCAUGCACGACUUGAAGGACAGCGAGGACGAUGUCCAGUCCAUGCAGUCCUCCUCCACCUACUUGAGGGGUCAGAAUGCACCGCUGGAUGCCCACACGCUGGCCGAGCGAAUGGACAAGAGACGCAAGGCGGCCGAGUAUCACAAUGCCAUCAAGAAGCAGCUCCACGAGCGGGAAUUGAUCCGGAAGUGGGAACUGGAGCGCCAUCGGCAGGAGGAGCAGAUCGAGGAGGAGCGCAUUCGCCGGCAGAAGCAAUUGGAGCAAGAGCGUCUGGAGUUCGAGCGAAGGACACUGGUGGAACGCGAGGAGGCGCAGCAGAAGAAGCAGCAAGCGAUGCUGGAUGCCAUACAAAAGGCUGAGGUGGCGGCCAAGUUGGAGAAGCAAAUGAAGCGAAUGGUUCGCCAGCCAUCGAAGGUAUCCCAGGAAACAGAGGAGGACGAGACCGAGCUGCUCAGAGUUCAGUCCGUGGAGGAGGACGAGGAAGAGGAUGUGGAAACUAAACCAUUAGCCCAGGAAAAAGUAGAGGUACUAGAAGAAUCCAAUACACCAAGGGCUGCACCACCGGUGAUCACAGAAGAAAAGGUCCUGAUAGGCACACCCAUCAACCUGCGACGCACCAUCACGAAGCCCAUUAAACCACCCAAGGAUGCGCAAAAAGAGGAAGCAAAAGGAUCCAAACAGACCUCUUUCCUGGGCGAGGACAAGGAGAACAUGGCUCUGCUGAUGCAACCGGCUACUCUGAUUCCCCUGCCGGUUACCAGCGAUAUUUUCGGACUCCAAAAUGCCAUCGGUAACCUCCAGAUAGCCACUUACUUUAUGCAGCAACAGCAACCCAUGCAGAAGGCACCUCAAUCUCCCAGCUGUUACUCAAAGGCCACGAUGACCCAUCGCACGGAUACCUCGAUCUACACGGAGGAUGGCUAUCAGGCGGAGAAGGAGGAGGAGGACCCACUGGCGACAGGGAGAUCGGGAACAGUCUGUUUCUCCCCGGACUCCCUGGAGGUGGAUGUGGCUCCCGUUUCGGUGCCCGAACAGGAUAAACUAGCACUGAUUCCCCUCAAGACGCCGCUGCAACUGGGGAAUCUCGGCGGUUCCGAUGAGAGGGAUGACGCACUGGGUCACCAGGCGGAUGUGGAGACCCAAACGGAGUUGCCCCUCAACUGCGAUCUCUGCCUGUUCCACGACAACUUCUACAAGGUGCUGCUCAAGCGGGAGGUCUCCACCACCACCACCACUCAGACAUCCAAGUCGCAGACCCAACCCGCCAAGGAAUCCGCUGCUGAAAAGGAUCACGAGACCACAACAACCACGACCACCACCACAACGACCACUUUCAAGGCCAAGAGCAAGGAUAAGGACAAAGAAAAGAGUCUGAAGAAGAACUUGGGCAAGGAUAAGGACGCCAACAAGAUGGACGAUCGACCCAAGUGGGGCGUCAAUCGACCGGUGGUCCAGUAUGUUAAGGCCAGCGAUCGGGAUCCAUUCUGCCUGCGCAAGAAGAAGAACCACCCGAGCACGGCCAAACCACCAAGAUCUCUAUCGAUGGACUCGCGUCUGGAUACUGUGGCCACUUUGCCCGAGGAUCGGCUGAUGAACAUCGCCGGAGGACCUCCCUCGGCAGCCGGUGAACAGGAAGAGGAGGGCUUCCUCCUCAAGGCCCGCAAUGUCUGCACCGAGAUCCUGCCCAUUAAAACCGACGACAAGGGUCGCAUUUUCCUCAACUUUCGCGAGGCCAGCGCCAUUAUGAACGAGGACGAGAUCAAGGACAAGCUGCGCCAGAAGUACUUCAAUUUCGGCAGGAUCCUUCCGCGCCGCAGUUGGGCCUCGGCCACCCAGCACGCUCUGCCCUUCAGUGGGGUCACCACGGCUCCUCCUCAGGGAGUGGGAGGGGGAGUGGGUGACUUGGCGGACGAUUGAGGUCACUUAAAGGUCACCAUUCAACUACUCAACGACCAGGAAUCUUUUACCAUGCAUUAACUCAUAACUAGAACGACUGUAAACCAUUUAUGUAAAACCUUUAAAUAUAUCAAUUUGUAU